AUGCCCAGUCUCAGCUCUCUUGCUGCUCUCGCCAUCACGGCGGCUCGUCUUGUGGGCGCAGCUUCACAGGCUUACACGUGGAAGAACGUCAAGAUCGGAGGUGGCGGAGGCUUUGUGCCUGGUAUCGUCUUCAACCCUUCGCAAAAGGGCUUGGCGUUCUGCAGGUAUGUGGUCCAUCCUCUCAUCAAGCAUGCGCGCUGGAACUACUGGGGCGUCGCCGCUCUUGCAACUGAUCCCGUUCAGCCUAAUCGCCUUUACCUCGCGGUAGGAGAGUAUCUGAACUCCUGGGAUCCUAACAAUGGAAACAUACUCAUCUCAACCGACACGGGCGCCACAUUCACACCCUCCCCGCUGCCGUUUAAAGUCGGUGGAAAUAUGCCUGGUCGAGGAAUGGGAGAGCAACAGCGUCUUGCGGUGGAUCCCAAUCUCAACUCUGUCCUGUACUUUGGUGCAGGCGGUGGCAAAGGCUUGUGGAAGUCCACUAAUUUCGGCGCGAGUUGGACUCAAGUCACUGCAUUCCCAAGUGUCGGGACCUACGUACCAGAUGCCAGCGACUCGAAUGGCUAUAACUCUGCUCCUAUAUACGUGCUUUCUCUGCCUACAUAUUUGCCAACUGAUUUCCAUUUACAGGUAUCGCAUGGGUCACUUUCGACUCGGUGCACAUCUGGCUCCAGUGGAACUGCUACACCCAGAAUCUUUGUGGGUGUUGCUAAUGUUGGAACGACCAACAUCUACAUGAGCACGAAUGCUGGAUCGAGCUGGACCGCCGUUCCUGGCCAGAACACAACUUACUUACCCCACAAAGGUGUUCUCUCUCCGUCAGAAAAGGUGCUCUAUGUGUCCUAUUCCAACGGCGCUGGUCCAUACGAUGGCACUCUCGGAGCCGUCAUGAAAUACAAUAUCGCAACUUCCACUUGGACUGACAUCACCCCAGUUGUUGACUCGUCGCUCGGAGGCCCGCUCUACUAUGGAUUUGGAGGUCUCACAGUUGAUCUCCAAACACCGGGAACCGUCAUGGUCGCUGCUUUGAACUCUUGGUGGCCUGAUGGUCAAAUCUUCCGCUCCCUCAACAGUGGGUCUACUUGGUCGCCUCUCUGGAAUUGGCAGAGCUAUCCGACCAUGAAUAAAUUCUACCAUUACUCCGACUCCCUUGCACCGUGGAUUGGCCCUAAUUACGUCGACGGUACUCCUGGCAACACACAAAUUGGUUGGAUGAUGGAAUCUCUUCAAAUUGACCCCUUCGAUGGAAAUCAUUGGUUGUACGGCACGGGAGAGACUAUCUAUGGAGGCCGCGACCUCAAAACAUGGGACACCAAGCAUAACGUCUCCAUCUCGUCCCUUGCUGAUGGAAUCGAAGAGACGUCCGUACAAGCAUUGAUUUCCCCACCCAGCGGCCCGCCCCUUAUCUCUGCAUUGGGAGACAUCCAAGGUUUCGUCCACAAUAGUCUUACUACACCUCCGCCGUUGUCUGGUGUUUGGUCCAAUCCCCAAUGGUCUACGACCGCGGAUCUCGAUUACGCAGGAAAUGCUCCUUCGACCAUCGUCAGAAUCGGCACUGGCGACUCAUCGCAAGGAAAGCAAGUUGCUAUCAGUAAUGAUGGCGGUGCGACCUGGGCUCAAGAUUAUGGUGCAGCAGAUAAUGUUCAGGGAGGCAAGGUUGCCAUCUCAGCCAAUGGAGACACUGUUCUCUGGAGGACCGCGGGACAAGGCGUCUUGGUCUCUCAAUAUACGAAUGCUUUUGCCGCCGUUUCGUCACUUCCUGCUGCCGCUGUGAUCGCAUCUGAUAAGCGCAACAACUCCGUGUUCUACGCUGCAUAUGCAAGCUCUUUCUACUUGUCGACUGAUGGUGGCAAGACGUUCGCUGUCAAGGCUACGCUGGGCUCGUCCAACAACAUGCAGAAGAUUGCUGUCCACCCUAGCGUGACCGGCGAUGUUUGGGUUACGUCUGAUAACGGACUUUUCCACUCGACCAACAUGGGUUCAACUUUCACAAAAAUAUCAGGUCCUACUGCUGCAUGGCAAAUGGCCCUUGGUGCACCAAAGACAGCAGGCGGCUACCCUGCCCUCUUUGUUGCUGCCAACAUCGGUGGAAUUGGGUACUUCCGUUCCGAUGACCAAGGAACAAACUGGAUCCAAAUCAACGACGCUGCCCAUGGCUUUGGCUCAGUCUCUUCUAAUCCCAUAGCUGCUGAUCUGAAGACAUACGGACGCGUCUAUAUUGGCACAAAUGGUCGCGGAAUAUUUUAUGGCGAUGUCGCUGGGACCGCUCCUCCCCCUUCAUCGUCAAGUAGCGCAACUCGAUCCAGCACAGUGUUGUCUUCCUCGACAGUCAAAUCGUCGUCGUCAUCCGUCAAGCCUUCAUCGUCUUCGACUGUGAAAUCAUCAUCCACCGUCAGCUCAACAACGUCCGCUCCUCCGUCUACAGGAACUGCGGGAGCCUAUGCGCAAUGCGGAGGUCAGGGUUGGACUGGGCCAACAGUUUGCACAUCAGGGUUCACGUGUGUCGCACAGAACACCUUCUACUCCCAAUGUGUACCAUCAUGA